CGUCGCGCCGCUGGAAUGUGUACGGCGCAUACGCGUAUACGUCGAGUUUACGCAGUUUUUUUACGGCUAUUUGGAACGAGUAGAAGAGGGAGAAAGAGACAUCCUGCGGAACGUCAAAAUAAUACGACCGUACGCGCGACUCAAUCAUGGUGAAACAAUACGCCGGGCGUAUUAUUAUCGUGCGCGUAUAAUCUGCACGAAAAUUGUCAUGUGGCAUUUUCCGCCAGGUGUACGCGUCUCCUCAUGUUUCACCUUCGUAUUAUUAUCGAUCAUUCACUCGUCAGUGUAGUCCUCGUCGUUGCCAUGUUUCAUCGCAUCGAACAAGUAGCAAGUCCUGUCGUACCACGUGAUCGCAGUUUACAAACGACCGUUGUGAGAAACUGCUGAGAACGCUGUGAUCGCGUGCGACGUACGCUUGUUAAACAUUGCAAAAUAAUCGAUCUCGCGUUUUGGUGAGUCUUUACUUUUUUAAAUCGAAAUCACAAAUGACUGGCAAUGUUGCGAGAAGCGUUGACAACGAGACAAUUAGCUGCGCAACUUUUGUACGCUCACCACAAUUACGUGCACGCAUAAGGAAUGUGGAUAGAUAAUAUAUACGUUUUAUGGGAUGCUAUCUACAUGGUUGAAGAAUGAAGAUAUGAAGAGUAGUUGCCAGAAAGAGGAGUCUGAUAAUAAAAAAGGAUAUGUUUUUUUUUCGGAUCCAGAUGUUAUUGCAAAACGUGCAGAAACCACUGCUAUUGAAGCUCAAAUUAGGCGAGAUCUUGAAGUACAACAUCAAGUUUCUGAAAAACAAUCAACUAACUUGCCAGCUCCUGUAUCUGGCAUAAGAAGUUUAGAAAAUUUGCUAUCGUAUCAUCCUAUACAGCCAUAUCCUUUUACAUUUAUUAGUGCUGUCAAACAAAAACUUGCUUUAGGAGCUCCACCUAAUAACAACAUAGAAACACAUUAUUUAAACUCACAGGCAAGAAACAAUCUGAUAUCCCCAGUAUUGAAAACAAAUCUUAAACAGAAUCCAUAUCAAGUUGUACAAAAAAUGGAUUUUUUUAAACCACUCAAAGUACCAGAUUUGAAAAUUUCUCCAAAAACAUUGGACUUUUCUAGUAGAGAAAAUUCUAUUUCAAAAGAGCUGCCUUUAACAAAGUCUGAAAUAGCCAUAAAAGAAUUAUCACACGAUAGAUCAGACAAAACGUCAAAAGUUGGCGAGAAAGUACAAAGGAAAUUAGAUUUUUCCUCUUCAGAUGGACCAUCAACCAUUAAUUGUGAGAGCAUAGAACCAUUGAAAGCACCAAAUGUAUCCAUAGCUUCUAAUCUGAGCAAAAAAAAGGAACACAUCAGGGAUAGUUCCAGAGAAAAAGAAAAUAGAUCUAAGAGAAUAAAAAAAGAUGAUUCCUUAUGUGCUAAGAAAGAUGAGUCUGUACAAGAGCAAGUAAAACGCAGCAGAAGUCCGAGGCAUGUCUCUAGAAGAGAAAUGGCUGAUAGUAGUUUCAUAACGACAAGAUUGAAGAAUGACCGAUUAUCUUUUCAUACUAUAAGAAAUAAUGAUUCUAUGUCAACAAAAUCUAAAAUUAAAACUUUUGUAACGUCUACUGCUAAGAAAGAUAAUGAGAAGAGACAAAGGUCCUUUAAUGCACAAUCUAUAGAAUUAGCAAAAGACAUUCCUUUAGAAUCAAAGGGACGAACGUGUGGUAACAAAGUAUCGGAUUCUGUAUCUUGGAAAAUAACAGAUAAAGUUACGACGAGAGAUAAUAGUGGCACGACUGUUUUGUCUAGCAAUAUUGAAAAUAAACCUAAAGAUAUUUGCCAUUUGAGGCAAGUAGAAGACUUAAAAUAUAAAUGUGAUUCAGAUAAUAGACAAUUAAAACAAGAUAAACCAAAUAUUAUACAUAAGGAGCAAAUAAAAAGAAUAUCUGAAAAGGGUAAAACUUUAUCUAGUAAAAUUGAAGGAAAGAUACAUAGCAUUAUUUCUGAACCAUCAGAUGAUGUCGAGUGUACAUCUGAAACAAACAGCUCCAAGAAUCGUACGAGUGUUUAUCCGAUAAGUUCUAUACAGCAAUCAAAGAAUGAAGAUAGUGAAACAACGGUGGAAAAUAAGCAGAACAUUAAUUCUAUGAGAUCAGCUAAAAUCUCAGAGAAUUUGAAAUAUACAGAACAUUCUGUGACACAGUCCACAAGCACAACUGCUAAAAAAGACAAGGAGUCAUAUUCUCAUAGUAUCACUACAACUGGACAAACAACUACUAAUGAUGAUACAAAUGAUGUGGAUGUCAGUAUAUUACCAGAGGAAUUGUUCGAUCCUAGAAAAAUUUCUUUCAGGGAUAACAGUUAUUCUCAACAAGAAGAAUUUCACAAUUUAACCACACCAGACAAAUCGGAUUUUAUGCCCAGACAUAAACAAAGAAGAUAUUUUAUACAAAGCAGUGAUUCAGAAGCAGAUGCAAGAUGUCCAAAAUAUAAAUCAACAACAAAAUCUGAGAAAGAGCAAGAAAAGACACAAUUAAGACAUCCAGAAGCCCUGCGUAUGACAUUUCAGGCAGAAUGCGAAUUCUUAGAAUCUCUUAAUGAAGUUUACAACAAUGCCAAUGAAGUUGAAAAAUACUUCCACAGUAUGAAACGCGAACAAGAAGAGCAGAAUCCACAAAUAGAAAAUGAGAAAAGUGAAGAGAUACGAGUUGAAGAAAGUCGAGUGACUGCUACAGUUGAUAACGAUUUUGUUGAAAAUGCAACAUGGAAACUACUGGACUACGCGAGAAAGGAUGUUGCAAAUCCGAGAAAAUCACACGCAUGCGACGACGUGCAUUAUAUUAGGGAGCAUUAUGCUUUGAACCAAGCAAAUAUUGAUGAAACGAGUGAUAAUUUUAAAGCCAAAGUUAUCAAAGUAGCAGAAGUACAAACUCAAACUGUAAAUGAUAUGGCAACGCAAACGGAUGUAUACAUGGACAAACGGAACGCGCAAAAUAAAUUAUCUGACAUUCACAUGUACGAACGAUCAUCCUUAGGAGAGAACGAAUGUCCUCAUCUGUCUUUAGAUUCGGUUGAACAAUUCGAAGAUUUGGAUCAAAUAGAAGGGAUAUCGGUGCCCAGUAGAAUAACCAUGUCAGAGAUUAGUUUACACGAAACUACCUCGUCGAUAAAAACAGAAACGGGAAAUGAAAUUAGUAUUUCAACUCGAGACUUAACGUGUUUGGUUAAGAAUAAAGAAUUUAAGAAGUACUUACAAUUACAUUUAGCGCAGCUGAUAAGAGAUGAAAAACAGAGAUAUGAUAAAUUAGAAAUGUUAUUUAAAGAUCACGAGAAGAAUUUGAACGAUAGAACUAAAAAGUUGGUAAGAUUAGAAGAGCAAAAACGUGCAUUAAGAGAUACAGGACAAGACAGUGAAGUUAGUUCCGUGAAAAAGAAACAGAGAGCUUUACUUUUGAAAUUAAAAGAAGAGAAAGAUGAGAUGAACAGAUUAAAGGAAUUGCACGAAAUUGCGAGCCAGGAACGAAAGCUUAUGUUACAAAAGCAGAGGGACAUGUUUAACCCACAAUUAUCGACAAAAAAUAUCUUAACAAAAUUAAAGAGGAGCGCCGAUAGUCAAUCACCAAGAAGAUCAUCAGGUCCUAUGAAGGGUUACGAUAUACGCAGUAAUAGUUCUAUAAGUUCCUUGAUUGAUUCAGAUAAAUCUCAGCACGAUCGAUCUCAAGCAGACGCACGUCUGCAUGCAUUCGAGAGCGACAUACACUUGUCCAAGCCCGAUCUUGCCAAGUCUGAUAAAUGUGAAAAUUUGGCCGAGGAAUCUAAUACGUCGGCGACCAGAUUUGACGAUUUGGCUGAAAGUAAUGAAUCACACGAGGAAAAUUCUCUGAAGAAGAAAAACGAUAUGUCCAAGUAUGAGUCAAAGUCUCGAAAAUAUGAAGAAAAAAUGCCCAAGGCGGACAUUUUGCGACAAAAGCAGAGUCAGCUCGACCUCGAAUCAAAACGAAUUCAGAGUCAUUCUAUGGGUAUGAAACGACUUUUGGAAAAUCAAAAACCAUUUGAGGUAUCAUCGCCGAUAUUGGGGUUAGAUGCGGUAGUAACUGAUCAUGUAAAAUCGGAAUCUGAUACGUUAGUGGAAGAAUUAUCUAAAAAAUCGAAAAUAUCGCAAGUAGUAAACCCUUUUGUUCAGAUGGCGACAGUCUCAAAAGAGAAAGAGCUGGCUGUCAAUAUUGCAACGAUCAAUAGCGAAUCUAUAGAAGAACUAAAUUCAAAGAUACAAGACACUGUUUCGAAAGCAACAAAAUCGUCGCAAGUUUCUGAAGAUAUAUUACAAACAAAUAACACUAAGAACUCGAAAAAGAUUGAUAAAUCAAUUAGUGAUAGGGAUCAUGUUUCUAAGAAAUUGCAGCAUAGCAUCGAGUUAAAAGCAAGCUCCAAACGCAAAAGUUCCAAGCAUCAGAAAACAAAAUCAUCUUCCAAUAUAUUAAUGGAAAAUCUAUUGCGAUCCAAAGCUAGUUCUCACGUAUCAGAGAAGUUUGUCAAACAUCAUGAUAAACGAACAAGAAUGGAGAGUGAGCUGCCUCAGUUAGACAACAAUAACGAAAGUUCAAUCUUGGACCAAUUGGAUCUUAACGAAAGUCAAAAUUCACUUCAGGAGCUAGUUAGACAUUCAAAAGAAGUGAAAGAUAAGAACUUGAAGUUACUAAGUGAGGCAAUUAACGAUUAUAACGAAAGUAAGGAGAAUGUAUCCAGUCAAGAAUCGGACAGAAAACUCGAAAACAAUGAACAUUCAUUUAGGAACGAACAGGCUGUUCAAAAUAUAUCCACGUCUCAAUUUAGUGCUCUUACAAUUUCCCAUCACAGCUCUGAGGAAAGCGAGAAAAAUCUCUCCGUAGUCCUUAGACCGCAAAAUAGAAAUUUUAAAGCAAAGAAGUUUGGACAAAUCUUAACUGCACGUGAAACUGCGCUUGCAUCGCGGAAGAAUACCGUCGAGGACUGGAUGGCGUGGCACACAAGGUUAAGAGCAGAAGAGGAACGUGUGAAUCGCAUGGAGCAAGCGGCAUUGAAAAUUGUCGCGGCAACAUCUAACGUCUUAUCUCAGCAAGAUACCACUGUUUCGUCUGAUAUGAGCGACGUUGAGGGAAGAAUAGAAAUUCUUACUGAGAAAUUGGCGGAACGACGUGUAGAGAUGUCGCGUUUAAAAAAAGAAGCGAGAAAGCAGGCCAAGCAAAGACUACGUGCUAUGGAAGCAAAUCUACUAAAUCAAAUUAAGAAGUAUGACACGACUAUCCACGAGAUGCGCAAGAAGUUAGAAUCGAAGAAAGCUAUUAAAGACAGUGAUAAGUUAGCUAUAGAGCCAAAGUCGUUGGCUGACUUCAAAGUACCUGAAAUACCGCUCAAGAGAAUACAAGACCUCUACAAGAGCAGCGAUCUGCUGAGAUCUAGGUCGGAGUCUGACCUUUUGUCAACGAAGAAUCAGCAGAGGGAUUUGUUGAAGAUUGUGACUGCCGCAAUAUACGAUGAUAGGCACGAGAGGAACAGUUAUCAGAAAUCUGCGAGAUCCACGGAUAUCAAAAGCACGAACGCUUCGGAAUCAAAGAGUACGGAUACUAAUCGAAGCGCCCGGUCUAUGUUUGAAGAAUGUACAUCCACAGAAAUCAGCAGUAAACUUCAAGCAGCUACUUCAGCGUCGUCGAAUGAUGCACGUCCCGAAAAAUACAUUGUUCCUGCAUUACACACGGACAAGAAGCAGCUCGUAGAAUCCGUUACUAUUGAGACAAAACAAAAUAGCAUAUUGCAUGAUGCAGAAAAUAUUCAAACGAUUAUCAGUACGGUUCGGUCAGAAUUGGGGAUGCAGACGAUAUCAGAUGUCAAAGAUCACAGUACCAUUAACACCGAGUCAGCGAACAACAGUCCAGUUAGUCGUACCAGCAUUGAUCGUUCUCAGUCAAAGACUUUCGCGAACCAAUCUGAAAUUCUUGAGGAAAUGGGUAAUGUUGACUACUCAAAAUCUGUUCCGAGCAAGUCCGACUAUUCGACGGAAAACGCUGCUGGUUCUCACGAUAUACUCACCUUCUCAAAAAAACUAGAUUCCUUACAGCUAAAUAAUAAGAAUUUGAACGAGAAUAUAAGCUCUCUGGAAAAUGGGCUGAAAGUGCUUUCAGAGAUGAUGUCGCGUUUCAGUAAUAAAACGAAUAAGGAGUUCAAAGUAGAUAACGAUGAAAGAAGUACAUCCCAAGAUAUUUCGGAGAUAAUGUCCAAGUCAGUUUUCAGCGACAGAGUCGCUCAUAUUGAGGAUAAAGAGAAGGAAGUGGUAUCGUCCGAGGAAGAAGUUAAUACUGAAUCUCCUUCCAUUUUGAUAAGUGAAAGAAGAUCUAAAUCCUCUAACGAUUUAAGCCAUGAUAAAUAUAUAUCGGAGAGAGCAGAUAAUGACAUUUCGACAGUAAUAUCGGGAGUAACACCCACCCCCUCCAAUGUGGCUUACGAGAUUGAUUACGAAGCCAAGAGCAAAGAGAUCAUGAAUGAAAUUGAAAAAUCCAUAUUGUCGGAGCACAAUAAAGUAGUACGUGGUGAUUAUAAUGUGAGCUCGGUAUUAGAAAAUGAUAUGCAAAACUUGCGUAAGGAUAAUGAAGAACUGUUGAACGAUCUGAUCUCAUUGGAGCUCGAUGUAAAAUCGAUUUCCGAGAUUCUCUCCAAAGUAUCGGAAAGUAGGAAAAGUCUUAAUCACGCGACAAACAGCGCAACACAGAUCAUUGGUGGCUCGAAAGAAAACGCAAGUGUGCAAAGCGAUCUAAACGAAGCAUAUAUAGAAGAGGAGCUCAUAACGGAUCAAGCAAGUAUAAUUCAUUCACCGAAGUUCUCCGAACGAUCGAGCGCUAUAUCGACGAAUUCUCCCAUUGUUGCUGGUCACCGUUCGAAGGAAAGCUACGAAACAAAUUCACAGAAAACACAUAGCUCACAUACAAAUCAAACUUCACACAUUGUCACCAGCGGAGACUUGAAGUCAUCAGAGAAGAAUCUUGAAUUAUUAGGAAUCGAAAUUAGUAACAUUGAUGACACGGGAAUAUCAAGUAAUUUGCAGCGCGUUAAAGAUAUUCAAACGUCGAUGCCCGACAAUACUGUAAAUUCGACAAUAACAGUAUCUAAUGUCGAACAAGAUCAAUCGCAUACAAUUAGCGCGGGAAAUAUUUCUCGGGACAAAGACGAUUGGGCGACAUCUGAUUCAUUCGAGGUACCUCAGAGCGAAAUUAGCACUGGAGUGGUAGAAGAAGAAAAAGAGGACUCAGAAUCCGAAAACUUGGAUCAUAUGGACGACAUUUCGAACAGUUUCACGAAAGGAAAGGGCGCAUCGAGCAUUGAAGCUGCAAAUCAAAAUAUCAAAGUGAGUUCGGAAAGUUAUGUAGAUAUUUCGACAUUUGUUCCAAAGGAAGAAUCUACCAAUAACGAGAUACGUGAUAUUGUACUUACAAACAUGAUAAUGGUACCUUACGUGAUGAAAAAUGACGACGAACUUGACGACAUAUUGGAUAUAAUUGCUAAAGAAAACAAUCAGAAAAAAAGCAUUCCUGAUAACGAAAGCGAAAAGUUUACUAACAUAAUCUCUGAUUCCGUAACUGACUUUUUACUUACUGACUUAGAGAAGAUUGAGAAUAUUGAAUAUAUUGUUGAUGAUAAUAAGAAAAACAUAAGUAAUCUUAAAGGAAUUUCAUUUAGUAAUAAAAGAGGUAUCACUCUAAAGCGAUGUGAAGCAAUUUCAAUAUUUAAUGACGAGAUACAAAAUAAAAUAAAUAUAAAAGAUAUAAGCGAAAGUAAUAUAGUCUCCGUGAAUAAAUCUAAAGAUGAUAAAUCUAUUAAUCGUAAAGAAGCAAUAGAUAUUUCGUCGCAAGCGGUCGAUAAGACUGGCGAUAAAUCUGCCAUUAAAAUAAAAUUACAUGUUAAUUACACGGAAAUUGACGACGAAGAAAGUCCACGUGAAGUGAUAUCGGAGGGCCAGGAAAUUAUAAUAACAGAAUUGGAUUCAGACAGUAUAGAUGAUCACGUUUUACCAGAACUCGAAAUCGACGCUAAAAUUGAACUGGCCGAGGAUGAGGAAACCGUCAAUACAAGCAAUACAAACGAAAAGCAAAGUAAAAACAUUGUUCCAGUGGAGAUACAAGAAUGUUUGGAUCCAAUUUCGGAACAAGAUAGUUCUGAUGGCGAGCAACUAGACAAUUUAGUGGAAGUCGCUGAGAGCGCAUUAGAUACUGUGGAGAAACUCGCUAUACCACUGCGAGCCUCUGCUGAAAUAGCGGCGGACAAUGAAGAAAUCUUCAUACAAGCUCAAGGAGAAGUAACAGAUAACACAACCAACAUAAAUACAUCUUUAAAGAAAAAAUGCGACGAAGCUGUGAAUGAACCCAUAGCUGAUAACAUCAAUAAAACUUUUGACAUAUUAAAAGACCCAGACUACGAAGACAUCUCUGAGGAGAGUCUUGAGGUAUCCGAGAUUUUAGAUAAGAAUGAAUUGCCGAAGACGAGUAUCGUAAAGAAAAUCACUAGCUUACCGGAGAAGUAUCAGGCUAUGCAGAAAUCGGACGAAGUGCUGAGAAUAUUGGACGAAAUUUCGCAAAAAUCAUCGCCCGAUUCCAUAAAUAAUUCGCCAAAGGACGAAAAGAAUGCACAGAGUGCUACGGAAGAGAUCAGCGAACUUCUGGGUGCGGAGGUCUCUGCGGAGGAUAACAUUUCGUCUCCUGAGCUGACUAAAGUGAAGAGUAAGAUCGGAGAAGAAUUUUACACGGAUGAAUCGAAAAAUCAAUUCACGGAAGAGGCGGUAUUGCGGAAAAAACAACCGGUAGGGACGUCGAACGAGACGGGUUUAGCCGAGGAAAAGAGCAGCGGAGUUUCCUCGAGAUUGGACGAAGGAUUGCAAGACGACAAGUCCUCUCAAAUAAUAUACGAACUACGUGAGAGAGUUUCACGGCUGCAGGAGCAGGAUGGCUCGUCUGAAUCCAGCGAGGCCGGUGACACUCCGAGAGGCGUGUCUGAGAUCGAGAUGGACUCGCCGAGAGAUUUCAAUGACUCUAGAUUGGAUAUCGAUAUCCUAGACGAUGAUUUGUUGAGCGGCACCAAAGCGGUGAAUCAGAAUGUCGACAUGAAGACCAAUUUCCACUCCGCAUCUAUCGUUGCUACAUCCGAGAAAGACAUCGAGGCUAUGAUCUAUAAAUUAAAAGCUUCACUGGAGCAACCCGGUUUGGAGGUGGCAGAGUUGGAAGCUAAAUUGCUCCGCAUCGAACAACUGGAAAUCGAAUUGGAGAUCAAGAAAUUGGAAGCGGAGGAAGUAUCUUACUAUGUUCGAGAGAUACCGAAUAAACCUCCACCACCUUACACUCCGCCCGAAGACGGCCGGUUGUCAACCUCGCUCGGCUCGCCCUCGCUGUUGACUGCGGUGAUUCCAUCAAACGUUGAGGAGCUGACAUCAUUCACUGAGAAAGCCACGGCUCUGAUAUACAACGCUAAGGUAGCCGGUGAAGACGUUGUGAGUCUUGAAGCACCUUCUGAAAUCUACGAACUGACCAAGGAGAAGAACGAGGUCGUGAGGAAGGACAGACGAAUCUACAACACCUUCCUCUUCGAUCUCUGCAAGGAGACCGUCGCGGAGAUUUAUCGUGCAGAAUACGAGAAGCCUGGCCCGAGCUGGACAAAGCCGAACGUUAAGACGAAGCCGACUAUGAAGAUCCCGAAAACUGUCGAGGAACUCACCGAACACGUUGGCAAGGAAGUCGCGACGUUGUUCGGCUUCAAGACGAAGCUACAGCGCGAGAACAUGGUGAUGCGUUGGAGCAGAAAGCGCAGGGACAGGGUGGACGAGCUGUUGGCGAGGGAGGCCCAAGCCGAGGAGGAUGAGUGGACCAAGUUCCAUCACGACGAGCUGGCGGUGAAGAACGGACUCACAGUAGCUAUACUGGACACCCUUGUGAUGGAGACCGCGAAUGUGGUAAAGUUAGCGUACGGCAAGAAAAGAAGACUAAUGGUCUAGCGAUUAUAAGUAGUUAGCUCGACGACUGAACAGCCGAGGAACACUUUCCGGCGCCCAUUAUACUUCGAUAACGAACGGAGGUAUAUGAUAUAUAUCCUUUCAGUCAAUGUUUCUUCAGGACUGUAAGAUCGCUGCGAAUCCCGCGUUGAUCGCACGUCACGACGUGUAUCGUACGAUUCUUUAUAUUUUCCAUCAUUUCUAAUACCUUACGUGUAAAACGUAUAGGCUGGUUCCUAUUUAUUUGUUGAUGCGAUUUGUUGUCUUUUUUCUUUCUCAUCUUUCUUUUCAAUUGAGCUGACACGUGUGUGAAUAUUUGAAUUAUACACAAAGUAGAAGAUAAAUAUGGAUGAGAUGAGAUAGACGAAUGUUAAAACGAGCAAGUGUAACGAGAACACUUGAUCGAAGCGAGCGAUAGCAAUUUGAUAAUCAAAUGCUCUAGGUCAGUUUUAAAUUUUAUCUCUCCCGUUAAGAACGAGACUCUAGCUGAGUCUCUUAGUGUUUUAGCAAACAAUGUAAUCUCCCCAUAUGUGUGUAUGUGUGUAUGUGUGUGUGUGCGUGCGCGUGUGUGUGUGUGCGUGUAAGAAGUAUUAUAGGACACACACAGUUAACGCGUAAGAGGUGUGAAAUACUUCAUUUUAAGACGAAAAUGAGACGCUGAUCAUCGAAUAACACGAAGUGUUUCGUUCAAUUAAUCUGCGCAGGGAAUCACUAGAUUAAUUAAUACAAAUAUAUACGAUCUCUUGUUAGAAAACGUACAAGUUUUAUAUCUUGCUUCGUAGUUCAAGUCUGUAAACAUUAAAUAGAGCGGCUUAAUAACUGUACGAUAUAUUCUACUCAGAGUUACGAUUAACGUAUCGUAGUGUGGCUUCUUUCGUACCCUUCUCUUUCUCUCUUUUUCUCUCUCUCUCUCUCUCUCUCUCUCUCUCUCUCUCUCUCUCUCUCUCUCUCUCUCUCUCUCAGCAUUGUAAUUGAACGAAAUGCUCUCCCGAUCGUUGCGUGUAAAUCGUAUUCUAAUGACACACAAAACAUAAGUAGUCAAGAGUUUUUCGAUAAGUCACGUCGGACAUCAGUCGUAUGCUCAAUUACUCGUAAUGUGAAAUUAACAAAAUUCAGACGGAAAGACUGAUACUUUGGGGCCAUCUAAAUCGAAAUUGUAAACCGUUAAACGAAGUACAUAGAUUGAGAGUAUGGUGGUAGACGUCGGCUAUACAGGGUGAGGCGUAUAGGCACUUUAUCAUGCGGAGAACGUGUUCUUUUCUUUCUCUGUCAUUUUUUUACCAAUAUUUCCGAAUAUUUGAGAUAGUAUUGUUUCAUGUGCUUCUCUCCCCUGUGCAUAUCAACUUUUGACUUUCGGACAAAACCGAGAAAUCCUUUUAAUGAAUUUUUUUAACAAUAUUAAUGAAUUUUCUUCCUAGCGAUUUAAGUACAGCCCCCAUUAACUGUGUACAAUACAGUCAAGAUCAAGUUCUAUACAGUCACUGCAUUAUCGACUAAAACAACUUCAUUUUUCAAUAGACUGAUAAUCGAUCGUAUGCGUUUUUAUUUGCGUUACCUUCGACGCAAAUCUGUUUCACUUAAUUUUACGUUUGUGGUUGUGAUGUCAACGUAAAGCUUACAGGAUCGCGAGUGAUAACAUGUCAACUAUUUGACACACUCAAAUGUAACGCAUGAACGUGAAAUUUGCGAUUUUCCUCGUUUCUCAAGAAACAUCCUUGCACAUGCUCAUGACUCGUUGUACUCUGUACGCUUUAGGGAUGUAAAUAUUGCAACGCUCAAGCGUCGUUCAGCGUUGUUCCUCCACAUACUGGUAAUAUUGUUUAAUCUUAACGAAAAACAUGAAGUCUGUUAAAUACGUCAUUUAGGACGCCCUGAAGAUCCUUCCUCUCUAUUUGCAGGGUAAUUCUUUCAUGUUUUCCGCAUACUCUCUUAUGUUAGCACGGUCAGCUCGCAUCUUCUCGACCGUGUUUGUAGUUGUUGUAUACAUACAUAAAAAAUUAUAUAUAUACAGAGUUGUUCACGUACGUAGUGUUGGAUAUGUACUUAACUAAGGUAUAAUAUAUUUUAUAAUAAACUUUUUCGAAAAA